AAACAUGGACUACUGACUACUGAGGCUUACAGAGAUAUGGGAGGUGAGCUUCGGCCCACACGGUAUGCUCAUUGUGAGGGCCACACAGAUGUUUGCUUCUCUGCUGAUGGCAAGUCCUUGAUAACUUGUGGCCAAGAUGGGGAAGUUAGAAUAUUCCAGGGCAUUGAUGAUGAUGACUGUGUCACUCAUGCUAUUGGAGAGCAGGCUCAUGCUGUUGCUUACCAGUUCCCCAACAUUGUGGUUGGAUGUGACUACAACUGUGUGCAAUAUUUUGAUGCUGAAGAUGGAGCACCAGGACGUGUUAUCACUCGGUUCACUGCUCAUCCAACGUGCCUGGAUAUCUCUGAAAAUUUAAUCGCUGCUGGUGGCAGUGAUAUGGUGGUGCGUGUGCACAGUAUUUCUGAAAACACUGAUACUGUGCUAGAAGGCCAUUCCUCUGCAAUCCUGUCAGUGGCUCUUGAUCCAAAAGGAGAGUAUGUGGUUUCUUCCUCCUGUGAUGGUUCAGUCAAAGUCUGGUUUUUAGCAUCAGAAACUUGCGUUAAAACUUUUCCUGGACUGCAUCCCACAAGCAACAGAUUUCCUGCAUCUAUUACACUUUGCCGAGCUACUUUUACACCUUCUGGAGGCCAUCUUUUAAUCCCCGUUGCGGAAAAGGUCAAUGUGUUCUCUCGCAAUUCAUGGCAGCUUGAGAGGCAUUUCAAGUUGGAUGACCCAAAGAAUGUUGUGUCUAUUGUGACGGUGUCCAAGUGUGGAAGUCUAGUAGCAAUGGCUACGAACAAUGGCUGCAUUAAUGUGUUUGACUACACAACCGGCACCUCAGUGCUGUCGGUGCAACAUCCCAGGAAGUUGGCCAUCACUGCGCUUGUGUGGAACCCAAAUGUACAUGCCAAGAAGGAACUUGCUUUCACAGAUGCCAAUGGACAACUUGGAACUGUUGUUGAUAUUGACUACGACCAAACUGCAAGCAAAGGGGCAUCAUCUGGGAAGAGUGUUCCUGCGAUGUCAUCUGACGUUUUCCCCCCUCUUGAAGUGGAUGCGGCUCUUGAUAACAUGUUGGACGACAUCAACGAUGAAAACCAUGCUCUAUCGGACCCCACUGAUGACCUGCAAGAUGAUAAUGACAUCUCCCUAGCUAAGAUAAAAUCCCAGAUGGGCUUUGCUGACGAUGAACAUGGCACUUUUAUUGGGCUUCCUUCUCAGAAAGCUACAACUGAAGCCUCUGCGCCGUCUGUCGAGCAAUCUGCAAUACCUGCUGCAGCUGCAGUAGUUGCUGCUCCCGUUGCUGAGUUGCAGCGUUGCUUCACUCCUAGCAUGACUCCAGAACACCACUCUCAGCGAUACAUGAUCUGGAAUAAGGUUGGCGUAAUCAAGCAAUACAACUUAGAAGAAGACUGCAGCAUUGGAGUGGAAUUCCACGACAGCAGCCUGCACCACAGCAUUCAUCUCCCCAAUGCACACUCUGGCUACAGCAUUGCUGGGCUCUCUCAUCAAGCCCUUGUAUUGGCUUCUGAAGCUUCAGCUGACACACCAAGUCGCGCGUGGGUGCAGCUGCUGCUUGCUAGCUCGUCAGGCAGCGCUCAGGACUGGCAAGUGGAGCUCCCUGACGGCGAAGAUUGCAUCGCCGUCGCCUGCAGCAAUAAAGUUGUCUGCGUUGCAAGCAGCAAGAGAAUCGUGCGCGUGCUGAGCGUGGGUGGCGUGAGUCUGGACGUGCUCUGCGUCCCUGGUCCGCUGGUGUGCAUGGCUGCCCACGAGCAUCACCUCAUGCUGCUCUACCACGCUGCAGUCGGGAGCGGAGGUGACCAGCAAAUCAACAUGUUGGUCCUGAACACGGAGAAGCCAACAGUUGCAGGGCAGCGUGUCACCCACUUAGUGCCUGUUGCGACGCCCGUUGCUCUGUGCCCCAGCAGCUUCGUGUCCUGGGCAGGCUUUUCAGACGAGGGCACGCCUGUAGUCGUGGACAGCGCUGGGUAUGUGCGCAUGUUGCACCCCAACUACCCCGGCUCCUGGACCAUCAUACUUGCGUCUAAGGCAACGGUACAAGGACGCAGCGACCACCAUUUUGUGUUGGGGGUUAGUGAAAGAGAAUGCAAAGUGCGGAGCGUUCUAUGUCGGGGCAGCCGCUACCCUCCGCUCGUGCCGCCACCCUAUGUCUCACUCACUGACUUCAAGAUUCCAGUGUUUGACGGGGCGAGUGAGAAAGGUGAAAUGGAAGCUACAGUUUUGCGGUGUGGGCUGCAGCUGGCCCCGCAGUUGCAGGAGGAGGAACAGGAUGAGACAGAGCACUUGCUGCAGACCACGCUCAUCAAACUCUUUGCUGUGAGAUAUCGUAUUGCUACUUCUAUCACCAAGUCUCAUGAUGGUUGGCAUACUUGUACUGUCUAA